AAUGGCGCCUAUGUAGCUCGAUCGAUGUAGGAUUUUCACAAAAAGGGAAAAGUUUAGGUUUCGAGUCUCGAUCCGGCACACAGUUAUAAGCUUCCAGGAAGCUUCAAACAUCAUAUUGGUCUGUGGAUUGCUUCUUGCACGACUUACGCUUGGAAAAGAAUGGGGUCUCUCCACAGCAGCUGAAGUACGUGACGGUGAACGUGACGAACAGAGGGAUUUGUCGCACGAUCAUCGUACGGGAAGGAAUGCUGUGUGCUGGAGGGGAGAGGAACAAAGACUCCUGCCAGGGAGACAGUGGUGGGCCACUCGUGUGUAAUGGUACACUUGCCGGAGUCGUCAGCUUUGGAGUCAGCUGCGGUUUGCCAGGCUUCCCUGGCGUGUACACCGACGUGUCCAAAUAUGUCGACUUCCUCAACUAUUCGCUGACCAGAGCCGGCGCCGCGUCAGUGACGUCACCAGGCUACCAGACGCUGACCGUCAUUGGCUCCAUCGUAGCCACGUGGGCAGCGUGGGGAGCGGCCAGCCGGGUCUAACUCUGCUGCCAGUUUUACUGUGAAUUGCUACCCGACAGGAUGGUCUCCGAUGCAAGAAAACUGUGGCUCUUAUAAGUGGAUGUCUUGUGUAGGUUUAAUGCUCACGUCAGUAAAAGAGAAUGCGAUUUUCUGCUGUUAAUGUACUGUAUUACAUCUAAUGUUAUAUAGUAUGCUGGUACGAGUGAAACUGCCUUAACCCAUAGACGACACAUAUUGCGCAUGACAUCCUUAUAUUGAA